GACGCGGGAGCCUCUCUGGGUCCAACGCUCACGGAUGGUGGAGAGUGUGCGAACGGCAGGGCCCCUCAACGCAGAUGUGAAAAAGGUGGUGCUGGAGGUCACCGAGAAGGAGAAGGCUGGGGAGACGGUGGACCGCAACGUCCUCAAUGCCAAGAACGUGGCCUUGGACGGGGCGGAGAAGUCUCUCAUCGACAAGCUGAGCAAGGUCCGAGCCGAGAAGGAGAAGUGUCUGGCGAAGUCCAAGGGAGCUCAGGCGAAGUCGAAGGCCAACCCAACAACUCCUACGGAGGCACCUGCUACACCGUCCACACUGGACCUGACUCGCGACCAGGCGAUGAAUGUGACUCCGGGCCGGAAGAAGCAGCGCGAAAAUGCGAUCGCGGCGGAGGACGAGUUCAUGACCCAGCGGGAGAAGGAGGACAUUGAGGACAUCGCCGAGCGCCUGAUCCUGGACGAGAGGUACGAGGAUGCUGAUUGCCUUGAGUUCAUCGAACUCAUGCUGGAGGCCAACCAAGAAAACUCCAGUAGAGGCGUUCUAAAUGGAGAAGGCAAGAAGGAGUACCUGUGUUUCGGCCUCUACGCGUUCGGCAACCACCACGGCGUGACUAACCGCACUCACCGUCUCAGUAAGGCUGUGCAGUACCUCAACAACUUCCUCCUCAGGCGUAUGCCCGACCACCGAUGGACCAGCCUGGUAAUCUCCAACAACAACCUCCUCCCGAUGCACAAGGACAACCACAAUGUCGGUUGGAACGCUUUGUAUG